AGCGCUGGGAGUGAAUCUUUGUUGGGCUUGCUCGCUGUUGCGCACGACUGCCGCCCUUCUCCUGCCCCUCCUCCUCACCGUCAACCGCAUCCUGCUCGCCGCAUCAUGCAAUCCGUCUCUCGUCCUGCUUCCACUUCAUCUCGUCCCACUGCCUCUCCCAAUCCACGCCCCGUACAACAUCAUGUCAAUACCCAAACACGAGUGUUUGAUACCGCUCAUGGACGUCUCCUCUGUAUUGCCGACAUUCGUGGCCGUCUCUCCGCCCUUAAUGAUCUUGCUCGUGAAGUAAAUGCCGAUGCUAUCGUACAUACCGGUGACUUUGGUUUCUUUGGUACGCCCUCACAUUUCAUCUCAUUGUCUGCAAGCUCAUCAUCAUCCUUUACAGAGGCUUCCAGUCUCGAUAGAAUCAAUGACAGAACAUUGCGUCAUCUGACUAUGUACUCUCCUCUUAUUCCUGCUGCUCAACGCACCCAUCUCCUCGCUCCAGAGAAUCAUCCAUCUUCAAUCCGAUCCACUGUCACCAUCUCUCUCUUGUCCGAGUUCCCUCUUUUGCUUUCAGGACAAAUAAAACUCCAAGUGCCCGUGUACACCGUCUGGGGCGCAUGCGAGGAUGUUACUGUCAUUGAGAAAUUCCGUUCUGGUGUCUACGACAUCGAGAAUCUCCACAUCCUCGAUGAGGCGACCACUCAUUGCCUUGAUAUCGGUGGCGUGAAGCUUCGUCUCCUAGGUUUAGGUGGCGCCCUUGUACCGCACAAAAUGUUCGACAACGGCGAUGGUGCCGCCACCAUCGCCGGUGGUCAGGGUACUAUGUGGAUUUCUGCUCUUCAAAUCGGAGAGUUGGUUGAUACCGCUCAGCGUGUAUUUGAUCCGACAGAGACUCGUCUUCUGGUGACCCAUGCAAGUCCAGGAAGGGAGGGUAUCAUUGCUCAACUGGGGCUCGUCUUGAAGGCAGACCUUACCAUCUCCGCUGGGCUUCACUUCCGAUACGCCUCGUCCUACAACGAAUUCAGUGUCCAAGGUGACUUCGAAGGUUUCCGGCACAAACUGAUCGUCGGCAAGGAAGGGUUCGACAAAGUCUGGCAGAGUGUCAAGGUUCAAGUGGAUGCCGUCAUUGACGAUCAUCAACGAGUACUCCUGGACAAGGCGUUGUCCGUUAUUGAGCGUAUACCUUCACCACUAAAUCACCCUGGAGCAAAUGGACACACACCAACGGAAGAGCCGGCAUGGAAGAACUGCUGGAACUGGAACCUUUGCGAUGCGGCCUAUGGUUCUUUACUUCUUGGGAUCAAAGAUGGUAGAGUAAGCGCUGAGCUCAAGAGUCAAGGUACGUUCGCAACGUAUUUAGCCUUAUCCGACAGGAACUCAGUUGUUUCAGGUUUCAAUUAUGCUUACCGUAGAACAGCGACACCCUCGACAGUUGCUCCCACACCUACAUCGCCAGCUGCGGAUGGCUCCCUUCCUCUCUCCGCCAAGGGUGGUCAGACUCCGAUAGCCGCUGACAAGCCUCUUUCGACUCGUUCAUCACCUGUCAUUAGAGCCAGCCAGGGCUCUCUCCCUGAUACACCAGUAUCGGGUCGAGAAACACCAAAGGAUCCUAAAUCCAUUGCUGACAAGGCUGAGAAGGAACGUGCGAAGCGCGAGCGCAAGAAAGAGCGCAAGGAGAAGGAGAGAGCAGAACGUGAAGCUGCCACUUCACAGCACGAAGGCGAAGCGAAUGGAACAUCUUCGCCUGCUCCUCCGCCAUCAGGAAAAGCAACACCAGAUUUAUCCAUUACUGCUGGACCUAGCGACGCGAGGAGGGCCGAAGACGGUGUCACUUCGCCUGCAACGGAAAGCACUGGGGCGAGAACCCCUACUAGUCGCCGUGCACAAAGGAAUCCUUGGACAAUCUUUAUGCGAAUGCCUGCACCUGCCAAUGAGCAGGAGCUGCGAGAGUUCUUUGGCGAGGCGCAGUCUGGGAUCAUCAAAGUCAGCUACCCCCAGAAUUUCGCUGGCAAGGCACUGAAGAUGGCUUAUGUCGAGUUUGGUGAUGAAGAAGCCAUGAAGGCUGGAUUUGCUAAACACGCUGAGACACUCAAGGGCGAGGUGCCUGAAGUCAAACAAGCCACAGACAAGGAAUCGAGGAAUGCUGAGAGCGCUGGCAACUUCCGUGGUGGAUAUGGUGGUCGUGGCGGGAGAGGACGUGGAGGUUUCGCCGCACGAGGGUUCGCUGCUGCUGGCUUGACCAGACGUCCACCUUCGAGAACCAACGGAGAGGCACCAGCUUCAGGAGGUGCGGGGACGAGCGAUGCAUCAUGACUUCAGUUGCUCUUGUGAGAGGCCAUGAAUAUGCAGUAUGAUGAGAAUAACCCAGACGUCUGUAUAACGUCGGGACACUGUCCUACGUCUAUCAUAGUCAUUUAUCCUCCUCAUGGUGUUUUCUCGUAGUAGUUAUGGUAUUAUGCUUUUUUUUAUCUGAUGUCUCUAAACG